AUGGGCUCCAUUCCAGCCAGCGGGUCUUCAGACCCGUGCACGACGCUGCGAGUCGAGGGCAGCCGCAUCGUCAACGCUGCCGGCGAGACUGUCGUCCUCAAAGGCGCAGGUGUAGGCGGCUGUCUCAACAUGGAGAACUUCAUCACAGGCUACGCAGGCCAUGAAUACGAGCACCGCGCCUUGAUGGCAGAGGUACUCGGCGAGGCAAAGGCGCAGUUCUUCUUUGACCGCCUCAUCCACCACUUGUUUUCGGACGACGACGCUGCUUACUUUGCCUCCCUCGGACUCGACUGCAUCCGCAUCCCCAUCAACCACCGCCAAUUUAUGGACGACAUGGACCCCGGCACCAUCAGACCCGAGGGUUUCCAGCUCGUAGACCGCAUCGUCGACGUCUUCGCAAAGCACAACCUCUACACCGUCCUGGAUCUGCACACGGCGCCCGGAGGCCAGAACCAAGACUGGCACUCGGACUCUGGUUUCUCGCGCGCCAUGUUCUGGGAGUUCAAGGACCUGCAGGACCGCGCCAUCCAGCUGUGGGAGGCCCUCGCGGAGCACUACAAGGGCAACCCGUACGUGGCAGGCUACAACCCCCUCAACGAAACCGCGGACCCCUACAAGGCCGCCAACGGACACCACGGCGUGCGUCUCGUGGCGUGGUAUGAACGCUGCGAGAAAGCCAUACGCGCCAUCGACCCGGACCACAUCUUGUUCGUGGAUGGAAACACGUACGCCAUGGACUCCCGCGCGUUCCCAGAGAAGACACUCCCCAACACCGUCUACGCCAUCCAUGACUACUCCAUGCUUGGAUUCCCCAUCAGCGAGCAGUACGAGGGCGCGGAGAGGCAAAACAAGACGCUACGCCAGCAGCUCGACCGCAAGGUAGAGUACAUGCGCAGCAAGAAUGUGCCCGUCUGGAACGGCGAGUUUGGCCCCGUGUACGCCAGCGCGCACAAUGCAGGCAGCGAGAAGGCAGCGGCGACCAUCAACGCCAAGCGCAUCAGCCUGCUGCGCGCGCAGCUCAAGAACUACGCCGCGGACAGCAUCAGCUGGUCCAUCUGGCUGUACAAGGACAUUGGAUACCAGGGCAUGGUGUACGUGGACCCGGCGUCGUCAUACAUGAGGCUCAUCCAACCCUUUGUGGACAAGAAGCAGGCCCUGGGGCUCGACUUUUGGGGCGUCGUCAACAAGCAGGGGCUUGACGCCCUGCUCGAGAAGCUGGCGGCUAGCUUUGCGUUCAAGAACUGCAAGGGGAGGGAGCAGCUCAAUGAGACGUUGAGGCUGGACGCUGCGGGUAGAUUAUGA